AUGGUGGAGAAUAAUUUGAGAACAAAUUUGGACGGACAUGAAGCUGCAUUGGCCAAAGUUCAAACUAAACCAUUAUUUAUUACGUCUGUUUAUGUGAAUGAUGUUAAAUUGAGCCCUCUAUCCAACAGUAUUUUUGAAUCAAUUCUUAAACCUGUUUUAUCUCAACCAUUCCAGAAUUUAAGAUCCACGUUAUCAGCUCUUGGUACUAUUGAAAAGAAGUUAAUGUACACUGGAUUGUACGAUGAUGUGAACAUUACCCUGGACCAAGAUAAAUCACAAUAUAUUAGUGAUUAUUUGGAAGAAGUUGCGCCUAAGGAAUAUGGGUUGGAAUUACCUGUACCGAUCAAAGCCCAGAUACAGUUGGUACCUGCUUUUUAUCAGCCUUUAUCCCUAGUAACCACAACUAGAGAUAGCUACGCAGCCGCUGGUAUUCAUCUGUCAUCCCUAAACAAAUUCCAGCAAGCGGAGACAAUAAUUCUUCAGGGUGAAUUGAACUGUACCCCAUUUAGUGGUAAGAUUGAUGAAAAACUGUUAUCCUUGAAAUGUUUGGUGCCAUUACAAAAGCUGCCAUCCAUGAAAGCUGUGUUUGAUAUAAACUAUGCAUUAGUUGACCUAUUUAAGCAAUCAUGGUUACCGGAAUCCGACCAGCAUAAACAGAAUCAAAUCGGGUUUAAUAUUGGUAUUCAGGAACAACAAAUCUCGUCCAGUAAAUUUCGUGGGCCAAUCAUUUACAGCGGGAUUUCUAUUCUCGGGCGGAACUUACUUGAUUUAAAAAAGACAGAGGUUUCAUCAAGUAUCAACAGUUGGGUUGAGUCUUCUAAAGUUAGCUAUGUCUUUCAAAUCCUUCAAAAUAACAAAAAGUUCCUUGGCACACUCCCAAUUAGCGGAUGGAAGUUCAACUUGUUUAAUGAAGCAGUACUCGGCCAAACUGUAGCUGGUGAGAAACAAGAAAGCGGCUUUGGGAAAGUAGCAUUCUCUUAUGAGGGUUAUAGUUCAUUUUUGAGGAAUCAUAUAAUAACCUCAUUGGACCUCUCUUUUGGAACAAUUUUCCGUUACAAGUCUGGCUCAGAGCUGAAAGUUCACAUUAUGGAUCAAUUUUACUUAGGCGGGUUAUCUUCUUUGAAAGGAUUCCAAAGGAACUCAGUGGGAACUAGAGGCGGCAAUAGUUUCUACAAAGUGGCCUUCAAAUCUUCAUUUCACAUCCCAGGUACUCCAUUGGCGUCACCUCUCAGGUUACAGGCAUUCGUGAAUGCUGGCGAUGUUUUCAAUUCUGAAAGAGGCAUACCGGAGGACUUAGCAACCGCAACUGGUAUUUCUUUAGUGUACCAGUCUCAUUUGGCUUCUCUGGACUUAACCUACGCUUUGCCCUUAUCCUUAAGAGCACAAGAUGUAGCUAAACCAGGGUUUUCAUUUGGUGUUUCAAUUGCGUAUAUGUAA